UGGUUGGGGUGGUGGUAAAUCAUUAGUCAAAGUGACUAUGGAGUAGAGGAGGGAAAGGGUAAGUGAAACCUUGGGGUGUGUGGGUAAUGGAAGUAGAGGAGUUUGGGGGGAAAGGGAAGGGUAAAGGGAAUGAUUAAAAUGUGCUAACAAACAACAAGUAAGGGAAUCAACCUAUUUGUUUCCCUUACUCUUUCCUAAAAACCUCAAACCAAACGCCCUCUUAGUUUAAUCCAAUUUCUCUCAAUACAUAAGAAAGAAGAACGGAUAAAUGUCACAUGAAAUGUUAAAAAAAAAAAAAAAAAAAACCUCAACCUCCUUGUCGGAUUGUUAACGGUUACAGUCGUUACACAUGAAAGUUGAAACGGUAAGACCGUAAGAGUGUGAAACCGUUACAUUUGGAAUUUCCCUCGUACCAACUACCAAGUUUCCUAAAGUCAGAAAGAGACAACUAGACAAGAGAGAAAGAAACAUCAAAUUCAAAAUGGAUAAAAUUCCGCCAUGGUCAGACCUUCUUCAAGAACUCUUAACCAAAAUUUUCGAACACUUACCUUCAAACUCACUCGACAUUUUAAGCUUCCGCAGUGUCUGCAAAUCAUGGCGUUCUUCUUCAUCUUCAUCUUCUUCCCCAAAUCCCACUAUCUUUCCUCCCUUACCUCUUGCAGUACCAUGUCCACCCUAUUACAAUCAAUUUCGCGACGUCGCCGUUUUAUCAAUGACUGCAAUCUACGCUCUUCACCCUCCCAAUCCCAAUUCCAUUAAAGAUAAUACUCCUUCUUGUUGGAUUACGUUUAUCGAUCAAUCAAUUCGUGAAAAGCUGAGUAUUCGUAAACCAUUUUCCAAAGCUUGUUAUUAUUUGCCACGUAAAUUUCCAAGAACCCUAAAUUUGUUCAGUUUCCAUGUUUCUGAUUUAGGUCGAUUUUAUAAUCUUAGUUAUGUUACCACUCCAGAUGGUAAGCUCACGAAACGCUGUGCUUGUUUUGGGAUGGUUCGUAAGGUGGUUUUGUAUAAGAAUGGGGAUGAGUUUGUUGUUUUGGCGCUUUCGGAUGAGGGGGAAUUAGGGUUGCUUAGGUUACGUUUAGGGGAUGGUGAUGACAAGUUGUUGGGGGUAAUGGCAUUAACAAAAUCUGAUUGGGAAAUUGUACAUGAUGGUAAGGGUUUUCAUUUCGAUGAUUUUGUCGAUUUUAAGGGUAAGAUAUUAGCUAUUGAUAGGAGAGGACGGGUUUAUAAGAUUGUAGUAGGUGUUUGUUCUUCCUCCACUGUGAUGAGUGUUAUUAGUCCUCCUAUUGUGGGUGGAGGUGGGAGGCGCAAGCGUCUAGUGGAAUCGUUGGGACGCUUGUAUUUAGUUGUUCGUUGUUAUGUUCGUGGGGAGAAGGAUGCUUACUUGAAGGUUUAUGAGCUCAAUGGAAAUACCAACAAGUGGGUUGAGGUUAAAAGUCUUGGUGAUCGGACUUUUUUCUUUGGUAUUGAAUUUUCCUUUUCUGCCUCCAAGGAGGAACUCCAUAGUUCCUAUGGGAAGAAUUGUAUCCUAUUUAAAGAACGAAGUUUCUUGAACUAUAAUGGAGUUGAUGACGAACCUGCCCUGUUUCAUAACUUAGCAGAACAUGACCUUCGUAUUGGAGUGUGGCGCAUGGAUGAUGCUGCUAAUGUCAAUGUCAUUGGAUCAUGCCCUGGCUAUUCAGAUCUUUUCUGGCCGCCCCCAACUUGGAUCUUGCCAAAUAUCAAGCCAAGAUCAAAGAGCUCUCGGCGCCGCAAGAAAUGAAUGCUAUUACAUUUAUGAAUUCAGCUCUUAAGAUGAAGGAAACUCUGAAUCAAGCUAGAGAGAUCGAGAAAAUGUUGAAGCAAAUUGACAUGGUUGCUGUGUUGAAGUCCAAAAAUGGGCACAAU